AUGGCCGCACCUUGUUGUCCGCUGUUGCCAGAAAUUCGUCGCGAAGCCGAAGAGUUCGUCAGUUUUCUGAAUAAAGCUGUCACUCCAUUCCAUGCUGUGAAGGAAUGUAAGGAGCGUCUACAACAGUCAGGAUUCGAAGAAAUACUUGAGGCGUCCGACUGGGAUAUCAGGCCCGGUGGCAAAUACUUUGUUACCAAAAAUCGCUCAACCAUCAUUGCUUUCGCCAUCGGUGGUGAAUAUGUGCCUGGCAAUGGUUUUUCAAUCGUGGUUGGUCACACCGACAGUCCUUGCCUUCGAGUAAAACCGAUUUCAAAGCUACAAUCUGAAAAGUUCAAUCAGGUUGGUGUAUCCACUUAUGGUGGAGGCAUUUGGCGAACAUGGUUUGAUCGUGAUCUAGCAGUGGCUGGUGAGGUUGUUAUCAGAGGCGAUAGUCUUUCUCGACGCCUGGUUAACAUUGAGCAGCCUAUCCUAUACAUUCCAAGUUUAGCAAUUCAUUUGACAAAGGAUCGCGAUACCUUCAAGUGUAAUACAGAAACUGAAUUGCGACCGAUACUUGAGACAUUUGCUUCUGCCGGGAUCAGCACAACUAAGAGUAGUAAUAAAACGGACGAGGCUAGGGAUCCUCGGGACAUCGUUGCCGAUCACCAUUCAAGCUUCAUAGAAUUGAUUGCCGCUGCUGCAAACACUUCUCCUGAGCAGAUUGUGGACUUGGAUCUGUAUCUGUACGAUGCGAAUCCAGCGAGAAUCGGUGGUCUGAAAGAAGAAUUUAUUGUGGGAGCGCGUCUGGAUAAUCUUUUAGGUACAUACACCGCUAUUCAAGGACUAAUAACUUCAGUGAAAGACGAACGACUUUUAUCCAAUGACUCCAACAUUCGGAUUGUUGCUUGUUUUGAUAAUGAGGAGGUGGGUUCGCAAACUGCAAUGGGUGCACAAUCAUCCUUCACUGAGUAUGUCUUAAAAAGACUAAACUUUGGCGGUCAGCCACAUGCUUUCGAGCAGGCGAUCGGUCGUAGUGUUCUGAUCUCUGCCGAUCAGGCACACGCUUCACAUCCAAAUUACGCCGAUAAACACGAAGAUAAUCAUCGUCCCCGCUUUCAUGACGGCGUUGUUGUGAAAGUUAACGUCAACCAACGGUACGCCACCACGUCAACAACUCAUGCUUUACUAAAGCAAGUAGCAGCUGAAGCAAAUGUACCGCUGCAAGUAGUAGUUGUUCGCAAUGAUUCACCUUGUGGUUCAACCGUUGGUCCAAUUUUGGCGGCACGCUUGGGUAUUCAAACUAUUGAUGUUGGUUGCCCUCAAUUAGCUAUGCACUCCAUUCGUGAGAUGACUGACACGAGCAGUAUAAGCCAUGCCAUACGGUUAUAUGCGGUGAGUUUCUGCAUCUUUUCUGCUGUUCUAAACAAUUUCUAG